AACGAAGAAAAUCCAAAUUAGCUUAAAAGCCCCGCUUCCACUACCACUUCUACGACUUCGAUCGAGGAUAGAAGCAGGCACAGACCCCUCUCAGGAAUCGGGAAGUGCGGUGGUGGAUUUCGCCGGCGAUGACGACGCCCAACAACCUUCCCAACGGCGGCCGCCACCAGCGCCCACACCCUCCGCCCGACCCUCGGAGGCAGCGCCACUACCUCGGCACGCCCAUGGCCACUCCUUCCUCCUCCUCUUCCUCCGCCGCCUCCUUCAAGGGUUGCUGCUGCUGCCUCUUCCUACUCCUCACCUUCCUCGCCCUCCUCGCCGUCGCCGUCGCUCUCGUCGUCGUCCUCGUCCUCAAGCCCAAGAAGCCCCAGUUCGACCUCCAGCAGGUGGCCGUGCAGUACCUCCUCGUCGCCCCCACCGCCUCCCCUUCGGACCCCAGUUUCUCCGCCGGAGGGAGCCCCCCCGCGGCCUACCUCUCCCUCAACAUCUCGCUGCUCUUCAUCGCGGACAACCCCAACAAGGUGGGAAUCCGGUACGAGGCGGCGGCGCUCGAUGUGAUGUACCGCGGCGUGCCGCUCGGCGUGGCGACGGUGCCGGGCUUCGAGCAGCCCGCGCACAGCAGCCGCCUCGUCCAGACCCGCGUCGCCGUCGACCGCUUCAACGUGCUCCAGGCAGACGCGCUCAACCUCGUCCGCGACGCCGCCAUCAACGACCGCGUCGACCUUCGCCUCACCGGCGACGUCGCCGCCAAGAUCCUUCUCCUCGGCAUAUCCACCCCUAGGGUUCAGGCGUCGGUGGAUUGCGCAAUCGUGAUCAGCCCCAGAAAGCAAUCACUCACCUACAAGCAGUGCGGUGUCGACGGUUUAAAUUUGUAAAUCAUAAACAGAAAAGACGAGUUCAGUUAGCUUAAAGGCGAAGCAAAGUGGUUGUCAGCUGUGGAAAACAAGCCACCACUGGCACUCAUCCAAUGCAGCCCAUCCAAGUGCUCGCUCAUUUCCCCCCUUUAUUUUUUUUCUGGGGAGAGUGAGGUAGAACUGAAGCUUUUCCCAACGUCAAUUUGUUCUCUGCUUUUGCUGACCAUUUUCCAGUUUCAAAUCCAGAAGUGAUUUGGUGUUUCGAUUUAGGUGUGCUAAGUGUUUUGAUUUUGAGGAUGUUAGGAGUCAUGAUGAUUUCAUUUUUCGUCUGCUACAGGAAGAUAUGUGGCAUCGAGUCAUUACUGUAGUAUUUUGCUAAACUAAUGUGCCAGGCAAAGCACAAAGGUUAGUAUAGCUGUUUCUGAAGCAAAAGUUGUGAUUCUUGUAGAAGACGAUCAACGUGUAAAGCCUGCAUGGAUUGAGCGUCUUCACUCUGAGUUGAUUGUGCAAAUGCAGUGAGUGAACCUUCUAUUUCGCA